UAGAGACCCGGGAUGCUUUGGCAUCAGAGACUCGAGAGGAAUGGAUCGUCUCUCGGUCGCGAAAGGGCUCUGAAACUCUCCCGCUUCCCCGCAUCCGACUGGUGUGCGCCUUUCCCGACCCGUCUUCCCCUUCCUCAGGCUUCUCGGCGGCAGUCUGGACUCUUGGUCCCUCCUGGAUGAUUCCAGUAAGACCCUUCAGAACAAGAAUGCCAUCUCCUCUGGGUCCCCCACAUCUGCCCCUCAGAGACCCCAAGACCACUGUUGAGAUUGAGGCUGCACGGAUGAAAUUUCGGGGCUUCUGCUACAAGGAGGUGGCUGGGCCCAGAGAAGCACUGGCCCGGCUGCGAGAGCUGUGUCACCAGUGGCUGCAGCCUGAGCUGUGCUCCAAGGAGCAGAUGCUGGAGCUACUUGUGCUGGAGCAGUUCCUGGGCUCGCUGCCUCCUGAGAUACAGGCCUGGGUGCGAGGACAGCAGCCAGGAAGCCCUGACGAGGCAGCAGCCCUGGUGGAGGGGCUGCAGCAUGACCCUGGGAAGCUGCUGGGCUGGAUCACAGCUCAUAUCCUGAAGCCAGAGGUGCUCCCUGCAGCUCCGAAGACAGAGGAAUCCUCAGGGUUCCUCCAUCUCUCAGACACAGUGGAGCCCUCCAGGGUGGCCCCAGGGGAGGGUCAGGAGGAAGCCAGGAUGGAGGAGUCUGCCCCACUCAGCUGCAGUGUAAAGGAAGAGCCCAGUGCCUAUGGGCAGAUGGCAUGUCCCCGCCCUCGGCCUUUAGCCCAGUCCCCUGAGGGGUGUCUUGAACAUCAGGAACCAGCCUCCACAUCCUGCCACCCACCCAGGACCCAGGAAGAGUGGGGACUGCUGGGCCCGUCGCAGAAGGAGCUGUACUGGGAUGUGAUGCUGGAGAAGUACGGCGCAGUGAUGUCUCUGGGGCUGCAGCCCCCUGGGCAGGUAAUGGCAGCUGAGUCUGAAGCGGGGACGCGGGGCAUGGAGCCUCAGCACUUGGGAGCGGGGGACACAGGGCCAGGCCUUGGCCAGGCCUGUACACCCCAUCCAGGUGAGAGCCAGAGUCUGAACAAGAACCCAUCUGAAACUCAAGAGGGGCCAGCCCCAGGACCACUGCCCAGGCCCUGCUCCCAGCCUACGCCACAAAGGCCUUACACCUGUGAACAGUGUGGCCAGAGCUUCGACUGGAAGGCACUGUUUGUCAUCCACCAUCGAACACAUGUGGGUGGGGCAGGCCCAGAGAGGCCGUCACAGGUGCUCCGGGAGCCAGCGAUGCGCCGGAGCUACUCCUGUGAGGACUGCGGGCGCAGCUUUAGCUGGAAGUCGCAGCUGGUCAUCCACCGCAAGAGCCAUGCGGGCCAGCGGCGGCACUUCUGUGUUGACUGUGGCUGUGGUUUUGAUUGGAAGUCCCACCUGGUCAUUCAUAGAAAGAGCCACCUGCCCCAGGCCCCGUGACCCUCGAGAAGGUGUUGGCUUUAGGGGCUGCAGGCCUAAGUGCAGCACCCCAGCACAGGCUCUGCCUCUGGAAGCUCUGGGGCCAGUGAGGACCCCAUAUGGACCAACAGUACCAAGCUUGCUCCUGCCGGCUGUCAGGCCCAGUCCUAAUUCUAGAACCCCAAACUGCCUUGGCCUGUCCUCUGCACAGUGGCAGGGCCUGGUCUUUGGAAAAUGCUGGAAGCCCAGCAAAGCACAGCUGGGACCAUCCUGCUGUGUGUGACCCCAGGGUCUCCAUGUGCUACAUUUUUUAACAAAAAUUAUACUUCUAUAAUGGGAGUUUUUGAAUAAAAAUCCU